GAUGAUCAACUGCCCGGUACCGGAGGAGAUGUUGGGUUUAUUUAUCUUUUGAGAGAUCCUUUAUUGGUUUGUUGGGGGAGAGGAUUUACUCAUGAACUGAAAAACUGAAUUUCUCUUUUGUUGUUUUUUGCUGAAUCCCAUGAAAAGACGUGUUUUUUCAUUUCAUUUUGUUUUUUACUCUGGAAUCUAUUUUUGGUGAGUAUUACUGGGACUUGCAUUUGAUUAUCUUACACUUAAUUCCUCAGGUCCACUUUGUUUGAACCGAUCCGACGGCAUCCAAUCAAGUUGCAGGAGAGAACCAUGAAGAACUACUCAUUAUGACUCGUUUAGGACUCAAACUCAAAUUUUAGGACUUGGGACUUGAUUGCAAAGAUUUCUUAAUUAGCUAAUUUCUAGUAAUGAUUCUAAUAACUGUACAGCUGUCUCUCUGUCUACAGGGAGUUUACAGGUCAAAGGUCAGAGUGGAUGACUAAAGGACACUUCAGCAGGUUUGGGGGUUUGAAUCCAGGUUCACUGGUUGGACUGAAUACAUCAUAUAAAAGACAUUUCAAUCAUUUAAAUACCAGCUGAGAUGUCUAAUCUAAUAUUCAGGGUCUAUUUUGCGCAUUCACUCUGAUAAAACAACUGCAAAGUAUUGAAAACAAGUAAGGUGAAGUAACUGAUUCAAACUGUGAUUUGAGGUUUUCUUUAAUAAUAGCAACUUUAGCUGGCGGCCCGGGGCAACAACAAUGUUUAUACAACAACUAAUGAAAAGGAUGGAUGAAAACAAAAUCAAUGUGCUGUAAUUACAGGAAGUAUUGGAAAGAUUUGUCAGUAUUUUUUAAAUUUAAACUGACUUAAUGAUCAAACUAUAUCAACAGACACACAUUACGUCUUUUUUCAGAACAAGUUGAGUUUCUUUGCCAAGUAUCACGUUCGCUCUGGUGUUUGUGACCCGUCAAGGUCUCUUUUAAAAUCAAUUAUACUGUUAAUUCAGAGACACAGAGGUUAAAAUGACAUGACAGGACCGUUAAUAACACACUAAAACUGCAACGUACACAGUAACCGUCUUUGAGAAUGUAAAAAUAGACUAUUAAAUAAACAGAAUGAUGAAUACAGCCAAGAUGAGUCUGCUCAGAAGAUACUGAAAGUCUUUGUUGUGGCUAAAACAAUCAAGUCUGCAUAUUUAACAUCACAGUGAAAUAAAUAAAGGCUUCUAAAUAUCUUCAGAGUGACUCAUGCUGAAAGUUUUGUCUCCCGCUUUGCCACAAAAAUCCAAAAUAUCUAGAGUGUUUACGUCAGCUUAUCGUAGUUUCAUUGCAUUCUUUCAGCAUGAAUAUUUUGUGUCUUGUACUAAAAUUCUUGUUUUACAGUUUCAUCAUUGGUAUUUAUUUGACUUUUACUGUGUUUUUGUUCAUGUUUAUUCUUCUAUGUGCCAAUAUUACUGGUCGAUAUCAUCACAGAAGAAUAAGUAUCACUGUACGUAUGUUGGCAGAAGUGUUAUUAUUAAGAUGGCGACGGCCAACAAACCAAGGUGGCUACGGACAACCAACCAAGGUGGCUGCGGCCAACAAACCAAGAUGGCGAGGGCCAACCAACCAAGAUGGCGACGGCCAACAAGCCAAGAUGGCGAGGGUCAACCAACGAAGGUGGCUACGGCCAACAAACCAAGAUGGCAAGGGCCAACCAACCAAGGUGGCUACGGCCAACAAACCAAGAUGGUGAGGGCCAACCAACCAAGGUGGCUACGGCCAACAAACCAAGAUGGCAAGGGCCAACCAACCAAGGUGGCUAUGGCCAACAAACCAAGAUGGCGAGGGCCAACCAACCAGGAUGGCGACGGCCAACCAACCAAGGUGGCUAUGGCCAACAAACCAAGGUGGCUACGGCCAACAAACCAAGGUGGCUACGGCCAACAAACCAAGGAGGCUACGGCCAACCAACCAGGAUGGCGACGGCCAACAAACCAAGAUGGCAAGGGCCAACCAACCAAGGUGGCUAUGGCCAACAAACCAAGGAGGCUACGGCCAACGAACCAAGAUGGCGACGGCCAACCAACCAGGAUGGCGACGGCCAACAAACCAAGAUGGCAAGGGCCAACAAACCAAGGUGGCUACGGCCAACAAACCAAGGAGGCUACGGCCAACCAACCAGGAUGGCGACGGCCAACAAACCAAGGUGGCAAGGGCCAACCAACCAAGGUGGCUACGGCCAACAAACCAAGGAGGCUACGGCCAACAAACCAAGAUGGCGACGGCCAACAAACCAAGAUGGCGACGGCCAACAAACCAAGAUGGCGACGGCCAACAAACCAAGAUGGCGACGGCCAAAAUGCUCAAGGCUACAAAACCGCAGUCCACAAACCACUGGGUGACGUCACGGUGACAACGUCCACUUCUUAUAUACAGUUUGUGGAUAAAAAGAUUUUUUUUCUGUAAGAAUCCAUUAUA